AUCGCCUUCACUGUGCCAGGGUCUCCCUCAGAUUACCGCGGGUACUUUCCGCCGUGAAUGGAUCUCGCCGCGCCCAUUCACUGCGACUGCGACAAUAACCGUUCCUACUGAUCUAUUGACCUACGAAUACCCUGCCAUGAUCCUUGAGACCUAUUGAGCCUGCAUAUAGCGACCUGGUCGAUUCACCCUUGUGCGCCACUUUAUGGAAUCUCUGGAUGUCUGACUUUAACGACUGCAUCUAUCAUCUGCCACGUCAAGGAAACAAAUGAUCUCGCGAAAAUAGGGUAUAUUCUUGUUGCAUCUUACGUCCUGAACUUCGAUUGGCAUUUUCCUAUAGUCUCCAGGUCCUAGUUGGAUUGCAAUGUCGGCUCAAACAACGACUUAUUCCCACGAAAAGAACGAAGACAUCCCCCGAUUUACUACGAAGGGACCCCACAACACUGAGCCAGAUUCGGUCGACAAGCGGCUAAAGGACCUGAGGGACAAAGUCUUGCCUGUUUAUCCUUUCCUCCUAACCGUCCCAUCGGACGUGCCGUUUCGCCUUGGAGAUCGAUACGUCAAUAAUUGGGCGGUGGGAACGGACGGUCCAUUCAAACCGGAAGAACAGCAACUACAGUACAUGACAUUUUUGACCCAUUCGGAAGGCGAUUCUUUACUGGUUGCUGUUGGCGAUUGGUCAGAUGACAGUGGGAAUAUCAUGGCUGAAGACGAUUCCAAACCUACAAGUGUGACCAGUGCUGCCAGUACCCCCCUCACUGGCGCGACCAAGAAAAAGAUCAGUCUAAGUGACUACAAAAGCAAAAAGAUAACCAGUGGUCAAACUACCUCUGGAAAUCAGGGUGCUAUUGACGGUGCUGCACCGGCGCCUGACACUCCAAAAAACCAUGCGCGUAUUUCCAAGCAAGCUACAAAUGACAGUUCUGUCCCGCAAACAGACAGCCCCAAGCGGUCGAAGCCGCAUAUUCAUACUGAAGAUGGCGCUCCACGCCGUAAACGGUCCGUGGAGCCUGAAUCGAAGCCUUCGAAGGAAGAGGAUCGGAGGCACGGUGGACGAUCUCCUAAGAAACCGCGAUUGUCUCCCCUGAAAACUGAGUCUGGUGAUGGUUCCCAGACUAAUGGCGCAACCCAUGCCCUUCCAGCUCUUCUCUCACCGACCCUCCCACCAGUUCCUGUCAGUCCGAAACUUCCACAAUUGCUCUCGCCUACACUUCCGCCAGAUAUCGAAGAGGAGCUCUCAAAACUACGAGACGAGUCUCCCAUUACGAAUAUUCAUGCCAAAGACAGAUCACCAAUUCCACCUCGAACAUCCAAACACGAUCCAGAUGGAAGGCGUCCGCAUUCCGGAUCGCUUGCAAGCUCAAAGAACCCUAAUAUCAAUAAUAAAGCAGUGCACACACAUAAUCGAUCAACAUCCGGUUCGAAAACAGUGGCCCAUGAUCCUCGAGAAUCCUCGGGCAGUACGGGUAGGAAAAUGCCUAGCAGCACACAUGGAACCGACAGCCCAAGCUCUAAAACUCGCCUUAUUGUCAAACUGAAGUACGGCCGAUCGAAUAGGAAACGGGUUGAGGCUCUUCUCAAAUUUUCAGGGAAGAGGAAGGCGGCCGGCGACAGUGCACGCUCGAAUCUGGCGGAAGAUCACGAUUCUAGGGAUAACAGAACCAAGAAAGAUCUGUCUUUAUCAAAGCUUCAAGGCGACAGACGGCAAAGGCUUGUUGAGAGUGAUGAUUAUCAAGACAUGCCUAGGAAACGUCCAAAAACGGUAGCGCCAGGAUCUGCUUCUCCGAGUUCACCAGUUCCUGCCUCUGAUGCUACCGGACAUCACUCGCGUUCCUUCAAGUCAGUAACUUCUGCACCGAAAAGAGACGCCAGGGGGGGCUCCUCACGACAUCCUGAUCCAGAAGACACUGAAGCCAGGUCGCAAUUGGCCGGCAAGACCACUCCUCUACACCCAGAGAGAAGCACACGGGCGUCCCCUCCGCUGUCGAGAGAAAGCAAGCCCACGCAUAGUCGGGAUCGCGAACGGCGAGCAUGGCGAGACGAGUACCAGAAAUAUGCUGGUCUGGGAAGGGAGCUGAAACACGCUGCCAGUCGACAGACAACAGACGCAAAACUCGCUGCGGCUACUGCUGUGGAAGCGAUUCUUUGCUUCAUCCUCGCGUUCAUUGCGGACGACAGAUGCAAGACAAUCACUCGUCAGGUCCCAGAUUCGACCAAUUGGCGAUCCAUUCUAGCAUACUGGCGUGUAGUCACCAAAAACAGCGUCGCAUAUCCCCAUCUUCAUAGUCUCUGUCUUCUUCUGGGUGCCAUCUCCCACGAUACCAUUCAUGCCCUUGAUCUCGAGCGUCUCGCAGUCAGCCCACUUCCUGGAGAACACAGUCCAGUGCCCACUCCAGGGAGUGACGGGCAUACUGUCACAGCGGACGAGAGCAAGAAAUACAAGUCAGAAUUCCUCGAGCUGAAAGCCCGCCUUCCGGAAUACUAUAAGGAAGCUCUACGGCUCUGGCUAGAGGGAGCUCGUAAGCUUUCAGACGAGACACUGAAGCACGAGUUUCCCAGUACAUGGUCCAAACGCUCUGGAGACUAUCUCGAUCGGGGCAAAGAGCCAUUAAAACUGGGGUCAUACUCUGGUCGAUUCUUUCUACCACUAGGAAGGACGACCACGCCGUUAGAAGCGGUUCGAUUCGGUUUUGCAGUUCUCAGCGAGUGGUGCCAAAAGGAAGGUGUGGAUUGGCACGGUCGGCUGCAAUUAUGAUUCCAUUGUUGUUUUCCCUUUUCCCUUUCUUUUUUCACUCUAUUCCAGUUAUUUAUCCCUGGAGAUCCGGCGUCUAGUUUUUUGUUUUUUUGGCGGGCAAAGCCUCCUCUUACUUAAACUUAAGCAUGUGUUAUUGUUGUUCUUUUUUUCCCUUGUUAUCUGUUAUUUUUUUUUUUUUU